AUGUAUAACGGCCUGCUAUGCUUGCUAACUUUAAGUUUUCUAUUGUUCUCUGGAUUAUCAAACACAGCAAUGGCCCGAGUACAAUACGAAUCUCCAAAGCCAAGAGAAUGGGUUUGGGAUCAAAAGGUGAUCAGAGAGAUCAAGAUUGAAGUUGGUGGUAGUUGUUCACCUCAAGGAAAAAAAGGACGCUCACCAAAGAAACAAGGCUCACGAGAACGAUGUCCUAAACCCUAG